AUUAUGCAUGUGUGAAUAAUCUGCUUUGCAAUUCAUUACAUGUGCAUAAUCUAGCAUUACUGCCAUGGAGGAAGUUGAAUAUUGCUUCAAAAAUGUGAACAACUCCUGUAUAAAGGUUUCCAGAUCAUUGGGAGUUAGAGCUGCAAUGUAUGUAAUUCUUAUGUCAAUUACAAUAAUCACUAUUUGUGGAAAUCUGAUUGUAGUAAUAUCCAUAACUCAUUUUAGACAGCUGCAUUCACCAAAUAAUUUCCUUGUCUGUUCCUUAGCAACAGUUGACUUUUCACUGGGAAUAUGUGUGUUACCUUUUGCUAUUAUGAGAACAGUUGAAACAUGCUGGUAUCUUGGGCCAGUUUUCUGUCAGCUCUUACUAUGCACUGAUAAUUUGCUUUCAUAUGCUUCAAUUUUCCAUUUAUGCUUCAUUGCUAUUGAUCGGUAUUAUGCAGUGUGCAAUCCUCUUACCUAUACAACAAAGAUCACAUUUAGAGUGGUUUACAUAUUCAUAGGUAUUUCAUGGAUACUUCCAACAGUAUUUAGUUUUGGUUUAAUUUACACUAAAGCCAAUGUUCAAGGUAUUGAAGAUUUGGUUGUGAUUUUGUCUUGUGAAGGUGGUUGUAUAUUAAUGUUUAAUAAGUUAUGGGCUGUAUUGGCAUCAGCAGUAUUUUAUAUUCCAUGUGUGAUUAUGAUAUCUAUUUAUGCAAAAAUUUUCACUGUUGCAAAAAGACAAGCCAGAAUGAUAAAAAAUAUGGAAGAGAAAAUUUCAAUGGAAGAAAGAAAAAGCAGAGAGAAUCAAAAAAGAGAACAAAAGGCUGCUAAAACACUUGGAAUAAUUGUUGGGGUUUUUUUACUUUGCUGGCUCCCUUAUUUUAUUGAUGCUCCUAUUGACGUAUAUAUCAAUUUUGCAACUCCAACAGUUGUAUUUGAUAGUUUUGCAUGGUUUGGAUAUGCAAAUUCUGCCUUUAACCCAUUGAUAUAUGCCUUUUUUUAUCCUUGGUUUCGCAAAGCCCUUAAGCUUCUUAUAACAUGCAAAAUACUGAGUCAGAAUUCAUCAAACAUCAGAUUGUAUAUAUGAAAGAAUUGUCACCUUUUUAUGACUGCAAAAGCGUAGACUUACAUAUUUACUGGAAAGAGUUAAAUGUAUUUAGUUUUGAUGGACAAUAUAGAAAAUGUGAGUUGAUUCCUGAAAUCAGUAAGACAGAUGCCUUUGGCAUUUAAUACUACAGAUCACAAUUGUGGCUUAAUCUAACACAUUUAUGACAG